CGUAUCAGCUGAGAAAAGGAACCGAAUAGAAAAAGAAAUUGGAGAAAAGAGGCACACAAAAAGAAGAGAUUACAGAAGACCAAAGCAAAACACCAUUUCAUACGAAACACACAAACAUCUCUCGACAGAUUCUUCUUCUUCUUCUUCAUCAAAGUUUGAAUCUUUCUGUGUCUGUUCAAGUGGGUAUUGUAUACAAUCUUCUCCGGCGGUGAGAUUGAGAAAUUUCAAUCGGUGAAAAUGGUGAUGCGGACGGAAGCUAGGGUCAGUGUAAGCUCAGGUCAAAGCGUAGUCGGCAACAAAGCCUCCUCUCAUCGUCUAACGCAGGAUCAGAGAUCUCACAUCGAAUCGGCUUCACAGCUCUUAGCCGGAGGAAUCGCCGGAGCUUUUAGCAAAACCUGCACCGCCCCUCUCUCUCGCCUUACCAUCCUCUUCCAGGUACAAGGAAUGCACACAAAUGCAGCAGCUUUAAAAAAGCCGAGCAUAUUACACGAGGCUUCACGGAUAUUGAAUGAAGAAGGGCUCAAGGCUUUCUGGAAAGGGAACCUUGUCACAAUUGCUCACCGCCUUCCUUAUUCUUCCGUCAAUUUCUACACUUAUGAACACUACAAGAAGUUCUUGUAUAUGGUAACUGGGAUGGAAAACCACAGGGAGAGUAUAAGCUCAAACGUUUUUGUGCAUUUUGUAGCCGGUGGUUUGGCUGGUAUCACUGCUGCUUCUGCUACUUAUCCUCUUGAUCUCGUUAGAACUCGUCUCGCUGCUCAGACAAAAGUAAUAUACUACACGGGUAUCUGGAAUACUCUGCGCACUAUCAGUACCGAUGAAGGUAUCUUGGGACUCUACAAGGGACUUGGAACAACGCUUGUGGGUGUUGGGCCUAGUAUAGCCAUUAGCUUUUCUGCAUAUGAAUCUUUGAGAUCUUAUUGGAUGUCAAACAGGCCUCAUGAUUCUCCUGUAGUGGUCAGUCUAGCUUGUGGAAGUCUUUCAGGCAUAGCAUCUUCAACAGCUACGUUUCCAUUGGAUCUGGUGAGGAGAAGGAAGCAGCUAGAAGGCAUUGGUGGGAGAGCGGUUGUGUACAAGACAGGUUUGUUGGGAACAUUGAAGCGUAUUGUUAAGACAGAAGGAGUGAGAGGUUUGUACAGAGGGAUUCUUCCGGAGUACUACAAAGUGGUUCCUGGUGUUGGGAUUUGCUUCAUGACAUACGAGACACUCAAGCUUUACUUCAUGGAUCUUUCCUCAAAGCUAUAGACAGGGUUUUAUGUUGUAGAAUUCUUAGGUCUAUUUUUGGUGAAAGGUCAAAACUGUAAAAGCAGAGGAUGGAGGAUAAUAUACGAAACUGUAGUAGAAAAUUUAUAUGUAUUUUUGGUUAUAUCCAGUGAGUUUUUUUUAACAUGUUACAGUCCUAGUUAAUAGUCCAUGUCAUCAACAAACACUGUGCUUUUUGUUGAAUUUUUUGCAAAGGAUAUGAUGUUUUUUUUACCAGAAGGGAUAAAGUAUAUGAUAUGAGUUGUUUGAUC